ACGUAAACAUAUUCCCAUUAUUUCUUGUGCCCCAGAUUUAAACUGUUGUUAGAGUUUUUCUGCGCAAAAAUACUUAUGUACACAAGUUUUCAUCAGUUAGCAGCAUAAAAACGUCAGCACGUUUCACCAGUAGUGCUUGACCUUUUACCCAAAAUGACUACGAAUAAUUACACUGAAUACCUGCUGACGAACAGAAAUCAUAAUGCCGGUUUAUUGCUCCUACCGGCGAAGAAUAUUACGCUGUCCCAUCCCGUCGGUUCAUCAGUGAGUCUAAUCAGUCUGACAGCUGCCACGGUUCUCCUUAACUUCGGCGUGCUGAUAAUUCUCUUCGUAGAAAAACAUCUUCGCACGCCUUUCAACGUGUACAUCAUUGUACUUUUGUCUAGUAAUAUUUUGUAUGUGGGGCUUAAUAACAUCCUGAUGGUUUUGGCCCCCCAUGGACAUUGGUGGAUAGGCGGCCAGGCGUGCACUCUGAGAAUUUACUGCCGAUAUAUUGUUGUCACCAUAACGAUUCACAGUCACGUUUUAAUCAGCAUUAACCGUGCGUGGGCGUUGUUCUGGCCGAUAUCGUACAGACACCAUCAUACGACGACCGUCGCAUGGCUUUUAAGUUUAGGCAUGGUGAUGUACGUCCAUGUUUGCCAGCUUCCUGCAUUAAUAUUGGAUGGUCUUUAUUAUCGAGUUUCCACGGAAAAGGACUGCCGGUUUAAUAGCAAAGCACAGAAUGCAUGGGCCACGUUUUCGACAGUCUGGGUUUUCGAUAUGCCCAAAGUGUUCAUCCUAGUAUGCUAUCCCUUCCUACUAUGGAAAUUUAUUCAUGUCCGCCGACGACCAGUGCCCGCUGACAAACGAGUGGCUGACGCUCGACGAUCGAUGGAUCUUUUAAAAAGGCGGGACACCGUGGUGCGACCUUUUGUUCUGCUGACCAUGUUUACGGCAAGCGCGGCCGUCUGUUGGAUACCCAUCAUGGUGUACUACAUCUUGGCUGAUCUUGUAGCAUCAUACAAAUCCGACACCUUGGAGACAGCACUGAUUCUUCUGUACUCCAUUCAGCCCGUCCUGGACCCGGUAUUCUUCUGCCUCGGCGUUAGCAACCUGCAUAAUUACAUUGUUGUAUUCUGCCAGACGAAAUUCGGCAUCCGUAAACUGUCUACUUCCAACCUCCGGAAAACCAGGAGCGAGUGCGAAAUGGAUAUUCAGUUUAUUGGAAAGCGUAAUCUAUCACAAGGAUGAGAUUUUGAGUACAGUGUUUUUGUAAACAGACAAACAUUAGCAGCUCUGAUAUCGGUUUUUGCAAGCACAGUAAUAUCGUAUUACG